AUGUCUAAAGAGUUGUCCCUCAACAUAAACAUCAAGGAACCAAGAUGGGACCAAGGCACUUUCAUGGGGCGAGCCCAGCACUUCUUCAUGGUCACAGAUCCCAGAAACAUCCUGCUGUCUUCUGAGACUUUAGAGGAGGCCAAAGGGAUUGUGGAGAGCUACAGAGCUGGGAUUGUCAAACCUGGCUUGACCGAAGAUGAACUCUGGAGAGCCAAGUACGUUUACGACUCUGCCUUCCACCCCGACACGGGAGAGAAGAUGUUUGUGAUCGGCCGGAUGUCUGCUCAGGUGCCAAUGAACAUGUCCAUCACAGGCUGCAUGCUCACCUUCUACAGGACUACUCCAGCAGUCGUGUUCUGGCAGUGGGUCAAUCAGUCCUUCAAUGCUAUUGUGAAUUACACCAAUCGCAGUGGAGAUGCUCCCAUCACCGUGAACCAGCUCGGUGCAGCUUAUGUUAGUGCUACUACAGGAGCUGUAGUCACUGCCCUGGGACUCAAGUCUUUAGCUAAGUGCCUCCCCCCAAUCAUCAGUCGGUUUGUCCCGUUUGCUGCCGUCGCUGCUGCUAACUGUAUUAAUAUUCCCCUUAUGAGACAGAGGGAGUUCAAGUACGGUAUCCCUGUGAUGGAUGAGAAUGGAAACAGGUUAGGAGAGUCGGCCAACGCUGCUCAGCAAGCCAUCAAGCAGGUGGUGGUGUCGAGAAUCGGCAUGGCAGUUCCUGCAAUGGCCAUUCCUCCUGUUAUAAUGAACGCUCUGGAGAAAAGAGCUUUCUUGAAGCGGUUCCCAGUUCUAAACGCUCCUAUACAAGUUGGGCUAGUCGGUCUAUGCCUGGUGUUUGCAACUCCUUUGUGCUGCGCCCUGUUUCCUCAGAAAAGCUCCAUGAACGUGAGCAGGCUGGAAGCAGAUCUGCAGGAGAGGAUACGGCAGACAAGUCCUCACACCACCACGGUGUACUUCAACAAGGGCCUGUAGGCGCAGCCACAUCUCAAAGCACAAACAUCCAUUACACGCGCACUGACACACGUCUGUUUAUCAUGGGCACAACUGGG